CCCGCCGCAAGUUUUUCCACGCGCAGUCGUCGACAUGGUCAAGAGGAGCUCAAGCUCCUCUUCGACCUGAACCAGCCCUCGCGGACCUGGUCGCCCUCCUCCUCCUCGAGGAGCACGUACUCCAAGCCCCUGGUUCAUAAUGGAUUUCACGUGGUUUGAUGACCGUAGUGUUAUCUUUCAAGGCCUGGAUGGUACAGCCCAGCAUCAGGUGUCAAGUGGUUCUGAUCCUGAAUUUGAAAGUUUUGUCAAGCACAUUGAAAAGCAUUACACAGACCAUCUUCUUGUGCCAGAGGAUGCUGAUGGCAUUUUUUUACUACUCCCAAACAUGGAUGACGCCGACUUCAUUGAGAGGGUGGUGAGGGUGAUGUGCAGGGCAAUGCAGAGGGUAAUUUCUUCCAUUGUUGUUCUUUAUUUACUCCUGUUCAUGGAUCUAAUUUUUUUUUCUAAUUUGGCAGUUGAAGAGCAGGAAGAUCUUGAGGAUCAACAUCUGAACUUGCUUGAAGACCAAGAAGAUCUCGAGGAGCAACAUCUAAACUUUCACGCUGAUAUGCAGGGAGAUAGUGAUGAUGAUGAUGAUGUCUGGGUACCGCAAGUCCCGAACUUCAAUCCACUCUGGCUACUUGAAGACCAGGAUGAUCUUGAGGAGCCUCUUGACUUGCAUCUGGAUGAAGAGUAUAACUCUCAGCUCUCAAAGGCAGACCGGCUCCUUGAAGAGGGAGAGGAGAUGCUUACACGUGCGUUUGCCCUGCAUGCGCACAUUAAGGAUCAUAUCAAUCGACGGAUUACGUAUGUCGCUGCAGAGUCUGUUCUUCAACAAAUGGCAGUAGUUGCCACCCGGUUGCUACAUCUUGGUACUGAGUCAAGGGACUUCUCGCCAGAUCUCCAACAGUUUGCGCUUCAGAGGAUGGAACUUGGUCAAUGACAUCCAAGCAAGGAUCGUUCGGUUGAAUGGCAUGUUCCCAGAUCUGCUUGUACAGAGCAAUAUGAUGGCUGAGCGCAUGGUUCGUGAGAGGCGCUUUGCUGCUAACUACCCAAUGUGGGCCUCCAACAGUCACAAGUACUCAUUUCCCCUGAGCUAUACAGAGAGCACUGAAACAGGAGAUGGGGAGACCAAAGUUGGUGAGGACAAGUGUGAUGAGAAUCCUGAAACCGAAGAUAAGUCCACUUGGACUGAAGAUGUGUAUGUUUGGAACGUGGAUGAUGAUCCUGAAUUGGAUGUGGAAGAUUGGGAGGAGAGAUGUGAGAAACGUAGUGCUUAGAUGUGUUUAGGUAGUCAGCCUAGUGUGAAAAAGAGUGCCUGCAGUUUUCCUCCUUCCUUAAACUGCUAUCCUGUGCAAACUUGUUUGGCACUGUAAUAAAUUAGCCUACUAAUGAGACCUCUAUUCUAGCUUGGAGGUUUGUUGCCCUGCAGAUGAUCUAAAAGAUGUGCGAAGUGAUGCAGUUCAGGUUUUCUUUCUGUUAA